CCUCAACCCUCGGUCCGGAACAACAAGUCGAAAGCAGGCGGUUUGGACGGGGAUCCCAACUGUUGUCUGGUUUCUGGAACGUCGUCCGGCCCGUUUUUGACAGUGAUUGUGUGGAAAAUGUAGACAUUAACCCUUGCUGAUUUUUGCACCGUCGUCUGACAUGAUUUAUACCUGUGCUAACAUUAUAGCACUGCAGGCUGUUUACUUUAGCUGAGCUGCUGCUACCGUGUUUUCACUUCCCUCUGCUCAACGUUCGAAGAUGUUCCUUGUGGGACUGACGGGGGGUAUCGCCUCUGGGAAGAGCACCGUGUCUUCCAUGCUGCGGGAGCUCGGUUGCCCGAUUAUCGAUGCUGACGUUGUGGCCAGGAAAGUUGUGGAGCCGCACACUCAUGUCUAUUACCGCAUCAUCCACCACUUCGGACAAGAGGUUUUGCUGGAGAAUGGAGAGAUUGACAGGCAGAUGCUUGGGCAGUUGAUUUUUGCCAAUGAGGAAAAGAGGAAGCUGCUGAACUCGAUCACUCAUCCAGAGAUCCAGAAGACCAUGCUGAAAGAGAUCCUGCUAUACUUCCUCAGAGGAUACCGGUACGUUAUUCUGGAUGUUCCACUGCUGUUUGAAACCAGACGCCUCACUCAGUUUCUCAACCACACUGUUGUUGUUUACUGUGAUCCUGCCACUCAGCUGUCCCGCCUGAUGCAGAGGGAUGGGCUGACGCAGCAGCAGGCCGAGCAGCGCGUGGCCGCCCAGAUGCCCCUCAAAGAAAAGCGUGGCCUGGCCAACCAUGUCAUCGAGAACUCUGGAAGCCGAGAAGACACCCAGCGUCAGGUCUUGCGGUUGCACACCAAACUGGAGGACUCUAUGGACUUCCUCCUCGUGAGGGUCAUUGCUGUGGCUGCCACUGCAGGUCUGGGGGGAAUCCUCCUCUAUGCCACCAAGAUGCUGUUGUCCUAACCAAGAGAAGAGCAUGGUGCUCAAUGAUCAGGUGAAAGGCAACUUGGGGUAACAGUCCGGUUUGUUAUGUAACUGAUGAUGUGUUUUUAGUCUCGACUCCAUGUGCACUGACUAAAGUGAGGUGUAAGGUUGUUUCGCACAAUUUUAUAAUGUGAAACUAAAACUUGUUCUGUUCUCACAGCAACAUUCUUAGAAGAAAACCAACAAGUCAUCAGUGAAGAAUAUGUUUCAUUAUAUGUUUAUUUAUUGAUUUUGAGGGUGUCACUCCAUAAUCCCACUUUAGAGUUACUUUUAUUUUCCACCUAAUGACACUUUAUUUAUAAUGUUGAUGAACAGCGCAGCAACUUCUUCCCUUCAUCUCUUGAAUUCAACAGAGAUGAGCCGAGGAUCUUUUAAGGAGACUGCUAAUAGCUGAUUGACUUUGACUGGGACUAACUGUGGGAUAGCAUGGAUGAACUAAUUUUCUAUCUGCUUCUGUGUUUUCUAACACUUGUAAAUACUGAAUCUUUAAAGGGCAUUGGACUCACACCGACACGAUGUUUGUGAGAUGAGCUGCUAGCUGUAAAUCCAGACGGUCAAACGCUAUUGUUUUGAAAUAAAAACUGU